AUGCUCCUAUUGCAGGGGAAUCAUUAUUCCUCCCAGGGAGCUACAACAUCUGCACCUAGGUAUGAAGAAGACAUUAUCAGCCAAAGGGCCAGGGCAUUUCCGUUGAGCCAUGGACUUAUGCCCACCCCACAGGCUUUCAGCUUUGGAUUUCCCGUGCAUCCCGCACACGACCCCAUGGGUCUUGCUAGUCAGAGUCAACAAUUCGGGGGGUAUCCUCCACUAUCUUCCCAUUCCGACCACAAGCGGAUGCUGGGUCCCGGGCAGGGGGAUACCAUGGACAAAAAUAUCAAAAUAACGCUAGAAAACAGAGAUCUCUGGAGCAAAUUUCACGGCAUAGGAACAGAGAUGAUUAUCACCAAAACCGGAAGACGGAUGUUCCCCACUCUGAAGGUAAACUUGGAGGGAUUGGAUCCGCAUUCAAAGUACAUUCUUCUGGUGGACAUCGUUCCUGUGGAUGACUGUCGCUAUAAAUACCACAACUCAGAAUGGGUGGUGACCGGUAAAGCUGAGCCCCACAUGCCGGGGCGCCUGUACAUCCACCCAGACUCCCCCGCUUCCGGGUCUCACUGGAUGAAGCAACCCAUGACCUUUCACAAACUGAAGUUGACCAACAACAAUCUGGAUCAAAAUGGACAUAUAAUUUUGAAUUCCAUGCACAAGUAUCAACCCAGAGUUCAUGUGGUGCAAGCCAAUGAUAUUUUCACAAUGAGGUGGAAUUCGUUCAAUACGUACGCAUUCGAAGAAACUGUCUUCAUCGCCGUAACGGCGUACCAGAACGAACAGAUCACACAGUUGAAAAUCGACAACAAUCCCUUUGCUAAAGGUUUCAGAGAUAAUGGCAUGGGUAGGAGAGAUCAUCGGUUGAGUAUGAAGCGCCCAGCAGGUGAAGAAAACAUUUCAGAGAUUGGAAAAGAUAACUUCUCAAAGAAAAUAAAACUAGAGGAAGAAGGAAACGAACGGAAAGUCUCGGCAAGAAUAAAAUCUGAAGAUGAGAGCGAUUCCAUCCCUCCAACCCCUGAACCUCACCACACCGAUGUACUCGACGGGGAUCUUCAACCUCUCCAUGCAAAGGCAUCUCCAAUCAGCGGAAGUGCGAGCGGUCCACUGAAAGCCACAAGUCCCACGCAAAGUGCUAACCUGCAACAGACUCACUGUCAGUACAUGAGCAGUGCCGUAAAGUCUUAUUCUCAGUCGUGCAUGGCGUCAUCUAAUGAUCAAAUUUAUUAUCCACACCACUCUCCCAUUAACCGUUCGUCACCUGCCAGUUCGUUCUUGCCCGUGUCCACUACUUCUGCUCUGCUCCAACCGGUGUCGUCAAGUCUGGAUCUACACAGCAUCAAUCCUCAAAUGCAGUCUUGUCGUCUGCCGCAACAGAGCAACGAUUGCGCACUUCGUCAGCCAUCCGGGCAUUUAUCAAGCAACCAUAGCUAUGGAAUUCGCACAACACCUCCAACCCAGCACCCUUCCUUGCCAUCCUGUACCUACAUGCAACCUACGCAACCAUACCCCUCCCAUCUGACACCAAAUGUUCACAUGAUGAACAUGAAUUUCACUGGUAUCUCAUAGAUUCUAAAAGUUGUUAUACACAAUGAUAGCUAUGCCCUAGAGUAAUAAAAUUUUGUAAUUUUUUGUUGUUGAAACACUGGGGUUACCAUAGCAACGAGGGGUUUUCUAUAUAUGGAACAUGAUGUCCUUGAUGUAUUGCCUAUUAUUGCUUAUGGUUAGUAAAUAAAUUAUUCUCUUGAAUUUCACCGGGGUUUUUGUAUGUUUUUGUGAUCUAGAGGUAUUCUUUAAGUUAUAUAGAAAAUAUUAGCGUUUCUAAUGAACCUAUAUUUUCAUAAAUCGUCUGUUGAAGCA